AUGCUUCUAGUAAGAAAGAGCUAUGUUGUACCGACAUUCGUUCUUAUUUCCGCUACCUACUUCCUUUUCUCGACCUUGCCGCCAGGUGCGCAAGUUUCCUACACCAAGCAAACCUCAGCAGACCACAUAGUCGAAUACGCGAAGGAUGACAACCGUAUACGUUGGUCCAAACACAAAGAGCAGUAUCCGAUUGCCGAUUACAUCUCGCUACCGACAUCCUCUCCCUCUGAGAUUCCUCAAGUUCAGUACGAUUUUCCUCCUGAGUGGUGGUUUAGUCGCAUAUGGCGGGAAAGAAAACGGAACGCAGUGAAGGAGGCAUUCAAACAUGCGUGGAGUGGAUACAAGAACAAUGCCUGGUUAAAGGACGAACUGUCACCUCUAAGCGGUGGAUACAGAACUUCGUUUGCCGGAUGGGCAGCAACCUUAGUUGACUCCCUCGAUUCACUCAUCAUCAUGGGCCUUAUGGAUGAGUUUGAGGAAGCGUUGCAAGCGCUCGAGGAGAUUGAUUUUUCGACCACCGAAUCACUACAAAUUAAUGUGUUCGAGACCAAUAUCAGAUAUCUUGGAGGUCUCCUUGGGGCCUACGAUCUAACAAAUGGAACAUAUCCCAUUCUGUUGAAGAAGGCGACUGAGAUCGCCGAUUUCCUCUAUGGCUCUUUUGAUACGCGCAAUAGAAUGCCACAAUCACGGUGGGAGUGGACGAGAUCGGCAGCAGGCUUAGAUAUUCGGCCAAGCGGCAACACUAUCCUUGCGGAACUUGGUUCAUUUAACCUCGAAUUCACGCGAAUGUCCCAGCUGACCGGAGACCCCAAAUAUUUCGAUGCCAUCCAACGAAUUUCAGACAACCUAGAAGCGGCCCAGAAGGAAACCCAGGUUCCCGGUCUAUGGCCAAUGAUGGUGGACGCCCAGAGCUUACGGUUCAUCGACACUCGUUUCACUGUAGGAGGAAUGGCGGAUUCGACAUAUGAAUACCUCCCGAAGGAACAUAUGCUACUGCAAGCGCGGACGCCACAAUACCAGCGAAUGUACGAGUCAGCAAUUGAAUCGAUAAAAAAGCAUUUGCUCUUUCGGCCCAUGACUCGAGACGGAAGGGAUAUCCUGUUUUCAGGAAAUGUCAAUGCCGUAUCAAAGUAUAGCCAGAAAAAGAUAGAGCCACAAGCUGAACAUCUCAAGUGUUUCCUUGGAGGAACAGUGGGCAUCGGAGCCAAAGUGUUUAAUCGCCCCAAGGAACUGGCGAUUGCUCAAAAAUUGACUGAUGGCUGUAUCUGGGCUUACGAUAUUAUGCCGACAGGAAUAAUGCCAGAGAUCUUGUAUCUCAGCCCCUGUGAAGAUAACCGAAACUGCCAAUGGGACGACAAAAAGUGGUACCGUGACAUCCGGAGCCGACCUCCCAAACAUGCCAAUAUAGCGGACACCGACGCAGCCGCCAAGGCUCUUAUUGACAAGUUCAAACUCCCCCCUGGUGUUAUUGAAAUUGCUGACUCGCGCUACAUGCUAAGGCCUGAAGCCAUCGAAUCUGUCUUCGUCAUGUACCGCAUAACGGGAGAUCAAAAGUACCAAGACGCCGCAUGGCGCAUGUUCAAGAACAUUGACAGGGUCACUCGUUCCAAAUACGGACAUGCGGCGAUUACCGAUGUGCGGCUAACCAAACCUGCUCAGUUGGAUUACAUGGAGAGCUUUUGGUUAGCGGAAACGCUAAAGUACUUCUACCUAAUUUUCUCCGAGCCUGAUCUCAUCAGCCUGGAUGAGUAUGUGCUGAAUACCGAGGCACAUCCAUUCAGGCGUCCGUCGUGA